ACUGCUGUACACAAGGAUGUGAAGGGAAACUAGCGGUAUGUUCCCUUCUCCAUGGACCUCUACCCGUCUUUUACAUGUAGCAAUUGAACGUUGAAUUUUCCCGGGAAACCCAAGGAGAACCUUCGGGGCCAUGUCGACUCGUAGCCCGAAGAGGGACUACGACUAUCUGCUGAAGUUUCUCCUCGUCGGAGACAGCGAUGUCGGAAAGCAGGAGAUUCUGAGUGGCUUGGAUGACGGAGCAAACGAUUCCCCUUUUGGAUACGGCUGUGGGAUUGACUACAAAACUACAACCAUCCUUCUCGAUGGGAAGAGAGUCAAGUUGCAGCUCUGGGAUGCGUCAGGCCAGGGCAGAUUUUGCACCAUCUUCAGAUCCUACUCAAGAGGAGCACAGGGUAUCCUGGUGGUGUAUGACAUCACCAAUAAAUGGUCAUUUGACGGCAUUGACAGAUGGUUGAAGGAAGUAGAGGAGCAUGCACCAGGAGUACCCAAGAUCCUCGUGGGCAACCGGCUCCAUCUUGCGUUCAAGCGUCAGGUGAGCAUCCCGGCCGCCGAGCAGUACGCCAUGAAGAACGACAUGGCGUUCUUUGAAGUCAGCCCGCUCUGCGACUUCAACAUCACAGAGUCCUUCCUAGAACUGUCCAGAAUAGCCCUGAAGAGACACGGCAUCGACAGAUUUCUCAAGUGUAACAAAGUGUUGAGUCUCCAGGACCUGUGCUCCAGAGUUAUUGUCCAGUACACACACCCGCACCACAUCGAGAAGCUUCCCCUGCCCACAUCUCUACGUUCCAGACUUCGAUCAUUCUCCAACACCAGUAUGUGUGCCCACCCCAUGCCCUCCCCCUACCCCAGCAAGAGGACGAAAAUCAUCCGCCCUGACUCCCCCUCACAUGCCAGCGUUAGGAAAAGCUGCUGCAUUUCCUAGCAGGAUGGACAGUGUAGCAUAUUGUAUAUAGAUGACUGUUGUUUUAUUUGUCUUCUGUAUAGAGUAUCUAUGAAUGAUGCCUGCUUUUGCUUUUUUUUUUUGAGGAAGCACCGAGCAACUGAAACAUGACACAAAUUCCUCCUGACAUUGCAUAUGAAGGACUAGGUAAAACAUAAAGGUUAGAAGAACACAGAGGUUUAAAGUAAGAAGAGUUAAAGCUGGGAGCAGGAAACAUUGGAGUGAGUACUUGGAUGUAUAGCUUUAUUGUACUUUGCAAGACUGACCAGGCAGCUGUCAAAGUUUUGAUGAAAAAACUCACUACCACAAUUACAUUGUCCAACACUUCCCUCCUAGCAGUUACAACAGCAGUGGUCAUUUACUUAAUAUGUUCAACUCAAAGCGAUGAAGGUUAGACAUUCAGGUGGAACAUCACAUACAAGAUGAUUCAAGAAACUGGAUGAAUUCUUUGAAUAGCCAGAUAUUUCUGAUACCAUCCACUAAGUUUCAUUAAUGUAGACUUCAUCAUUCAAGAUGAAACCCUCCAGAGAAUUUAUCCCGUUACUUUUUUUUGUAUCAGCAUCUUGAGGCUUUUCUCAAAUGCUUGUACUUUGUAGUCAACGGUAUAUUUUAAGGGCUGUUUGCGGUAAAUAAUUCCAGUAUGCCGGCACGUAAAAAUGUACUCAUCCUCCCAGCUGACCUUCUUUGUGUCUGGACUUUGUUUCUAGUAUAUGUAACACACACACAAAAAAAAUGAUGCAGUUUCAAUGCACAGUGCAUCCAACAACACUACAUGUAAAGUUAUAUCCUUGUACAAAAGACCUAGUACGUAACCUGGUUCCAUUGUUACAUACCAAAAGCAGAAGCAUAAAGAAUCAUGGGGAAGAUUUGAAUUUCCAUGUAAAAUAAACUUGUGUUCCAUUUUGUACAGAUGUGUGGUAAAGGCACCACAAGUCACAUAAAAGCAUGCAGUGUAUACUGAGGAAGAAAAGAAACGUAAAGGGAAAAAGUUGCUGCAAGACGAACCCUUUAAACAUACAAGACUGACUUAAGAAGGCAUGGCUCUUGUAAAUCAGCUCUAGAUACCCUAAACAUCUACUUCAAUGACAGAAAUGUACAGAAUAUCAUGCAAACAAAAUGGCUCUUCUUCAGAGUAAUACUGAGUGAACAGUGUCAUGUAGGAAGCCAUUAGUACAUUUAACUGAUAAUAAAUAAGGUAAAUCUUGGCAGCUGUUUUUGUAUUUCAGACAACUACAGUGGAGUGUUGAUUCCUAAUUCCAGUUUGUACUUCCAGUGUACUGUAACAUGCAGUAGCCAGGCCAGUGUAGCUUUAACUGUUGCCAGUUUUAUAGUUGCAGAAAAGUUGGUUUAAGCACAAUUCAUAGUCUCUUGUGAAGCUAUUCUUUGAAGAUGUUGGCUUUUAGAACUUGCCUUUCUUGAAUCUACUUGGUACUUCGUUUGCUUAAAUACUUAAAUGAUUGUUGUAUGUGACAUGUUUUGGAAUUCUAAUGUUUUUCUCCACAUAUCAGCAGACAUCUCACGGAGUGUAUAAUUGUUUUUACAGCAAACAACUUGUGUCCAUGUAUUGUGGUCAUUUUCAGACAUCAUGAUGUACAUAAUUCUACAGAAUGGCCCUUUGCUGGAAGCCUGGCUACAAUGUUUUAUAACUAUACAAACAACUGGCUACUACAGUAAAAACUCAUCAUUCUCUACCACAUUCAAGUAGCAAGCUAAGCAGAAUAGUUUUGAUUACUGUCAAAAAUUUUAAGAUUGUCGUUCAAUGCUUGUUGUUGGCAUAUGUUAACUGGCUUUUUCAGCUAUCUUUGGGUGAAUGAAUGUCUACAUAGCCAAAAAAUAAGCUAUCAAUUAUUACCUUCAUUGUGAUAUUUGACUGAUGUGUAAAAGUUACUGCAUCACAGUUAAAACUUCUCUACAACAGGUUCAUUUUAACAGCAGGACAAAGAAUUCUAACCUAUACUUUCUAGUCUAAACAAUCGCAUAUACAUUUGUACUUUGUCUUGCCCCUCUUGUUCAAUUUUCUACUUAAAAAAGGUCCUGAGAAGACAUUUUUUGUAAUUUCAAGUCAAAACAUAUAAAUUUUGUAUCCGAAUCAAGUCAAACGUAUAAUUUGCUAUGAUUGUGUAUGCCAUUUCCAACGACCCCUUUUUUGUAAAUAUGGUACAAUAAUAUUAUGUAUAUUUGUAUACACUUUUAGGUAAGAUUUAGGUAGGAGACACUUGUAUAUCUAUAUGUAAACAUGACAUGUAAUUAGCAUGUUUUCUUACUGAAUGUCAAUGUAAACUUCCAUGGAAGGAUGGAGUAUUCUUUGUCAGGGUGCCAGUGUAGGGUACCAGUCACGUGAAUGCAAGUUAUGUAACAAGUUUCUAUUUUGGUGUAUAAAAGUGCAUUAUACUUGUGAAUGUUGGCUAAGACUUGAGCAGUGAAAUAAAGACGCUAUUGCAAGCUC